AUGGAGGCUGAUAUCAGAGCCGUACUACCGAAUGUAGACCCUGUUGUCUCGGAGUAUUCGGCCGGAUACCUGAGGCACGCAUCCACCACUUGGACCGACGAGGAGGAGGCGACAGGCCUGUCCCCCCUUGCCGAAGCCGCCGCUGCCAUCACGGAGCUGCUGAUCUCAGCUUCCGGCAACGCAACCGGCUCUGAGCUGACCAAAGUCCAGCAGCUUGUUGCGAAAUGGGUAGAGAAGUACGAGGUUGCGAACAGUGAGAAUGGAGAGCGCAGGGGUCCCUCUGCUGUCAAGCGUCUCGACCAGGCCAUCCAGGUCGGGUCCCAGCGCAACAUGUCUUCGACUCUCGCAGUGUCGACGGGCAGCAUAGACCUCGAGUCGGCCAACCAGCGCAAGGUCGAGUCCAAGGUGGACCGGAAAAAGCUUGAGAAGGCCGAGCGUAAGAUCGCCGCCAAACAGAGCAAGAAGCAGUUCAAAUUCGUGGAGUACGAGGCGUCCAAGCUCCUCGACCAGCCCGAGGAUGCCCAGUCGUACGAAGAGUUCUACAUGGCUGUCAACCCGCUGCAGCUCGGCUCGGGUGGUCAGAACAAGUCCAAGGACAUCAAGAUGGAGAAUGCCGAUGUAUCCAUUGGUGGACAGAGGAUCCUCACGGACACCAACUUGACCCUUGCGUAUGGCCAUCGCUAUGGUCUUGUUGGUAACAACGGUGUGGGUAAAUCUACGCUCUUGAGAGCGUUGUCCCGAAGAGAGUUGCCUAUCCCUACGCACAUCUCGAUUCUUCACGUCGAACAAGAGCUUACCGGAGACGACACUUCCGCAUUGCAGGCCGUCUUGGAUGCAGACGUUUGGCGGAAGGUUCUACUCAGGGAGCAAGGAGAAAUUACCGAGAAGCUGGCUGCUAUCGAAUCACAGAGAGCGUCAAUGGCUGACACCUCGACUGACGCGGCUAAGUUAGACCUUGAGCGUGAGGCUCUGGACCAGAAGCUUGGAGACAUCCAGGGCAAGCUAGCAGAGAUGGAAUCAGACAAGGCUGAGUCCAGAGCUGCCAGCAUUCUUGCUGGUCUCGGUUUCUCGGCAGAACGCCAACAGUUUGCCACCAAAACCUUCUCCGGUGGUUGGCGUAUGCGUCUUGCUCUUGCCAGAGCCUUGUUCUGCGAGCCCGAUUUGUUGCUACUGGACGAACCGUCGAACAUGUUGGACGUUCCGUCCAUCACUUUCCUUUCCAACUACCUGCAGUCAUACCCGAGCACUGUCCUUGUGGUCAGUCACGACAGAGCCUUCCUCAACGAGGUUGCGACCGAUAUCAUUCAUCAACACUCAGAACGACUCGACUACUACAGAGGUGCCAACUUCGAGUCCUUCUACAACACCAAAGAAGAACGCAAGAAGGUGUACCAGCGAGAGUACGAGAACAACGUGGCCCAGCGUGCCCACUUGCAGGCUUUCAUCGACAAGUUUCGAUACAAUGCCGGCAAGGCUGCUGAAGCUCAGUCACGUAUCAAGAAGCUGGAGCGUAUGCCUAUUCUCGCAGCACCAGAGACGGAAUACAGUGUCAAGUUCAAGUUCCCAGAUGUGGAGAAGCUUUCGCCUCCUAUCGUCCAGAUGACAGGUGUCACAUUUGGCUACACCCCGGAUAAUAUUCUCCUUAAGAACGUUGAUCUCGAUGUUCAGCUAGACUCUCGUAUCGGUAUCGUCGGUCCCAACGGUGCUGGUAAGACUACGAUCUUGAAGCUCCUCAUCGGCAAGUUGUCCGCUACUCAAGGUCUGAUCUCUCAACAUUCGCGCUUGCGUAUCGGUUUCUUUGCUCAGCAUCACGUUGAUGCUCUGGAUCUUACCAUGAGUGCGGUCAGCUUCAUGGCCAAGACUUAUCCCGGCCGCAAUGAUGAGGAGUAUCGUCGCCAGCUCGGUGCCUUCGGUAUCACUGGUACCACUGGUCUGCAGAAGAUGGAGGUCCUGUCUGGAGGUCAGAAGUCUCGUGUGGCAUUCGCUUGCUUGGCCCUCACGAACCCGCACAUCCUGGUUCUUGACGAGCCUUCCAACCAUCUGGAUAUCGAGGCAAUGGAUGCACUGUCAGAGGCUCUACAGGCGUUCCAGGGCGGUGUGCUGAUGGUUUCCCACGACGUCACCAUGCUGCAGACGGUCUGUACGAGCUUGUGGGUCUGUGAGAACGGAACGGUAUGGAAGUUCCCAGGAGACGUGCAGCAGUACAAGAAGAGAAUCGCCGCGCAGGCUGAUGCCGCUGGUGUUGUUAAGGCUCACUAG